AUGAUAAAAUAAGAUGUAAUUUAGACAAUUAUUUAAGAAGGAAUCAAUUUGAUGAAAUAAUUAGUAGGAGCAUGCUUUGAUGCUUCUUGCUAUUGUGUUUCAUAACCUGAAGCUGGAAGUAUUUGGAUCUCAUAUCUAGAUGGGAGUUAUUUUUUACAUAAUGGUUAAGUAGUGAGUUUGUUCUAUCAUCCUACAAGAAAACACACAGCCACAACAAUUGGAAAAUUAGGAAAAAAAUAAAGUGUUGCUGAUGCAGGCUAAUGGGCAUAUUCUAUUUAAACCAAAGGGGCUUAUGGAAAUAAAACAUAUUACAAUAUAUUAUGA